AUGGACUCUGCUUCCCUCUCCCUGGCCAUCCAGCUGAUGCUGGAAGACUUGGACGCCCUAAAGUCCGGAAUAAAGGGCAAGGGCCGGGAAGACGACGGGCCCCCUGAUAUUGCCAUCGACACGGAGUUCUUACGAAAGGAACUCGCAACACAAGCAGUUCUUGCGUCCGAUCGAAACAUGUGCGAAAGUAUUGCUGAGGCCGUGACCAAAGAUGCUGACACAAUCAGGUACCUCGACCCAGAGCAGGCACAAAGGGAUGCUCAGCUCGACGACGAGCUCGUCGACAAGCUGAAGCUCCUCUACGUCACCGACCGGGAAGAGCCAGUGGAAGAUAACCAAGACCAGGACCAUGAGCUCCCUGAGGCGGAAUCUUCCUUGUGGGGCACUCGCCGCGUUGUUAAGCGGCGCCCAAGGAGGAAUUGCACCGGUUGCGGCGACGAGUUUGACUUUAUCAAUGUGGCGCGCUGUCCCUGCUCCCACAAAUACUGCCGAGGGUGUCUGAACUCUCUCUUCCAAGCCUCAACUCUUGACGAGUCUCUGUACCCCCCGCGCUGCUGCCAGCAGCGCAUACCCCUAGAUCAGAAUCGCAUCUUUCUGACCCCGGACCUGGUAGGCCGGUUCAAGGCCAAGGAGAUGGAGCUGGAGACUUCCAGAAAGGUGUACUGCCACGACCCAAAGUGCUCCACGUUUGUGCCGCCAAAGUUUGUCAACGAGGUCAAAAAAACGGCUGUCUGUAUCAAGUGCAACAAGAGGACCUGCACGACAUGCAAGGGGGCGGCGCAUACCGGGGAUUGCCCCCAGGAUUCCGGCGUCCAUCAGGUGCUGGAACUAGCGGCCCAGGAGGGCUGGCAGCGGUGCUACAACUGCUUCCGGAUCCAUGUCGUUGUCGAGCACAAUUUUGCUAUCUUUGCGGUGAGCGGUGGAAGACUUGCACUUGUCAACAAUGGGACGAGCGUCGCCUGUAUAGUCGCGCUGCAAACGUCAUCGCCAGAGACCCACAGGUCCGACUUUUGGACCCUCUGGCGCGUCAGGAACGGAUGCGAGAAGCCGCUGCUCAUCUCAGGGUGA